AUGUUUGCAACCGAGGCGUUACGCCACCAGUUCCCACCGACAGAGCUAAGCUUCCAUGCAGGAAUCCAUGGCUGAACUCUUCCUUCAUUCACCACAAACUCACAUACUCCUUCUUCCACUUCUCCUCCUCCCUUUACUCUACUUCAUCAUUUCCAAGCAUUUGAUCAAGAAACCCCGCAAUCCCCCACUCCCACCAGGCCCAACUCCAUGCCCCUUCUUGGCCACAAUCCAUCUCCUUAAGCCACUCACUCACGUUUCUCUAGCCCAACUUUCCCAGACCUACGGCCCUCUGAUCUCCCUGAAACUCGGAAUGGAAACCCUCGUCGUCGCAUCAUCGCCCGCCGCCGCCGUGGAAAUCCUCAAGACAAAUGAUCGGACGUUCUCCGCUCGGACCGUCCCUCAUGCUGUCCCAUUAACAGCGUCCGAAAUCGAGAGACUCUCUUUCUGGGGCGAUGCGUUGAGCGACCACUUGAAAAACGUGCGCGCGAUUUGUCGGGCGGAGCUGUUCUCGGCCAAAUCUCUGGAGGCCCAGCGGCGUCUGUGGCAGGAAAAGGUGGCGGAGAUGGUAGGGAGUUUGCGGACGAAGGAAGGGGCGGCGGUGGAUUUGGGGCGGGUGGUUUUUGCGACGGUAGUUAAUGUUUUUGGGAAUGUACUGUUCUCGGAGGACAUUGUUGGGGUGGAGGAGGAGAGGUGUUGUAAUGAGGUGAGAGGGUUCUUGAGGGGGAUUAUUCAGGCGAUUUCUGCUCCGAAUUUGGCUGAUUUCUACCCGUUGUUUGUGGGGAAAUUUGAUCCUCAUGGGCUGAGGAAGAAGCACAGGGAGAGUUCGGAAAGGAUGUGGGGGCUGUGGGAGCGUGUUGUCAGGGAGAGGAGAAGAUCGGCGGAGGCGGAGUUGAAGAACAGAGAUUUCUUGGACGCGCUCAUUUCCAGAGGGUUUACUGACGAAGAGAUCAACAAAUUGUUUGAGGAGCUGCUGACUGCUGGUAUAGACACAACCACCUCAACAAUCAACAGAACAAUGUUAGAGCUACUGAGCAGUCCGGAAUCCAUGAUCAAACUUCAACAAGAGCUUCAUUCUGUACUCAAUCAAGAUUCACUCACAGACUUCCCCUUGGAACAACUACCUUAUCUCCAGGCCUGUGUCAAAGAAACCCUCAGGUUGCACCCUCCUGCAGCGCUGUUGCUCGCCCACCGUGCCCGUGAAACAUGCCUAGUCAUGAACUACACUGUUCCCAGAGACGCUCGAGUACUGGUCAAUGUUUGGGCAAUCGGGCGUGACCCAACGGUGUGGGAGGAGCCGGUGGAGUACAGACCGGAACGGUUUCUCAACUCGACUAGGGACUUCAAAGGGAACGACUUCGAGCUCUUGCCCUUUGGUGCAGGGAGGAGGAUCUGUCCUGGCCUACCCAUGGCUGCAAAGAUUGUUCCUUUCCUUCUUGCUUGGUUGGUGUAUUCUUUUGAUUGGUCACUUCUGGAUGCAACUGUUGAUGAGACGUUUCGGGCAACUUCACAGAUGGUCCAGCCAUUAUUGCUGAUUCCCAGAGCUAGAAAGAUGAGUCCAGAAUGAUCAACUUUGCUAUUCACAUGCUCAUUUCAUCUUUAUACUAAUAAAGGCAUGCAUCCAUGUUCUUCUGUGGGAAACAUUUUAGUCUGAACUUGCCCAACUCAGUGAGUGUUUGCAAGCGCUUCAAAAUAGUGCUUUUCAA